GAUCCAGACAAGUCUUUUCUCAUUGCCAAAAACAUCAUGUGUUGACGACGAGAACAACGAAAACACUGAUAACAUUAUUAUGCAAGAAGUAGAAGCAAAAUCUUGAAGUGAGUCAAGUGUGAAAAAAAUGAAUCACUGCUAUUCUCGUUACCUGACAUUGCAGCUCACUGGCCGAUGCAUUCUUAUGCAAAAUGUGAUUACAAAAAAAAAUCAGCAUAAUGAUAAUUUUGUUGAACUCACUCCUUCUUUUAAUAAGAAGGAUGACCCAUCUAUGGCAACGAGGCAAGCAUCAGCUAUCCCACAAUCGUUGUCAGGAAAUUCGUAUUACCACCGGCGCUUCCUGAAUGCUACAUCUUCUUCACGUCAACACCUGGAUACAUCAAGCUCACAGGGUUUGAGAUCAGAUACUCAUAUUUAUGCAGGGGAUCUCCUUAUUCGUACCAUUUCCUCAUCGAUACCUCGUCGCCUACGGUACCUCCCAAUGGUGGACGUCACUGGGAUCCGCACAAGCUAUUUUGAUGCUUCCGAGCGCUCCAAUGGUGCCCUAGCUACAAUGGAUGAGAUUCUUCAAACGAUGCACUGGCAUGAUGGCAACGAAGUACCUGCGCUACGGCGAGGAGAGGUCCCUAUUGGGCGCCUGGUAGUCCUUUGCACGUACCCAACACAAACGGAGUACCAUAAGCAGGGCUUACCAACUUUCAAAGGUAGAUGUCAUACAGAGGUUCGUGUUCCAUGCGUUUCCGUUUCUCUCCCUCGCGCGCUCCAAUCAACUGUGGUUGUGGAAAACGCUGGUGUCUUUUUCCUUAACCGCAGAGGAUCACUUCUAUAUCAUUCUGACUUCGAAUCCCUACAGAUGGCAAAGACGAUUGCCGUACGGUGUCAAAGUGUGUGUACGCGAACCACGCUUCGGCCUAGGGUCCGAGAUGGUGCUUUGGUUGGAAUGCAGCUCGUCGUAUGAUAUACAUACAUAUAUAUAUAUAUAUCUAUAUGUAUAUGAAACACUUGUUCUGUAGGAAGGCGUAACAAGUAACUGUGUCCCCGAGCGA